AGGAACACGUUUACAGAACAGACUUUACAACCUUGACCGUUUACAUUCGUUUUACCCGGUCUAUGAACAAGAGUGGGGUGUUUUUGGAUAGACUAGUGCCAAGAUUAAAGUAUACGGACUGCCAGGGCUAUAAUGAGUCCGGUGGAUACGGUCCCCGCCCCAUUGUGGGCGCGAGAUAUAGUCAGCGAUCUCAAGUCUGCCUCUUCUACAUUCUCGAGUUGGGAUAGUUGCAUGUCCAAGGCUUACUGCAAGUGGCCUGUCAUUGCGGCUAUCAUCGUCGGCGGGCUCAUUGUUCUGUCCGUCAUAGCGUGUAUUGUCAACUGUCUAUGUUGCGGCAUUCAGUGCUGCAAAGGAUGUUGCGGAUGUUGUUCAAUGUGCUGCCCGUCGCCUCGAAACAGGCAACGCAAAGCCAAGCACUUGGAUGAUCCGUACCCACCCCCAGAUAUGCCGGGGCCUAUGCCAGGGACUAUGCCGCCUCCGAUGCCACUCAAGUCUCCAUAUCAAGCCCCGCAGCCGCCGCCCGUGUAUCGAGGAACGGAAGUCGCUCGAUUUGACGCUCCGACGAGCCCUGCAGGAUCGAAGUUCAACGAGGAUGCGUUGCCUGCCAUGCCCAGCUGGGAUAAUGCUGUGACUAAGAGGGUGGAAGAUACAGGCCCCCAUGUGGAGGCGGUGGAGAUGGAGUCUAUGAAUCAUGUCAGUCGCGAGCCUCGUCGGAUGCCUUCUGCGCCUAGAAUGAAUGGAGGAGGGGUGGGUAGUGGAGGCUACAUGGGCCCUCCGCCGGUUAGAACUGGCACUCCUGGUCAGUAUCCCAUUCGGACCGGCACGCCUGGUCAAUAUCCUGCUAGAACCGGCACACCUGGUCAAUAUCCUGUCAGAACUGGCACACUCGGGCAAUACCCAGAGAGGACGGGCACUCCUGGUCAUCACCUUGACCGGACAGACAUUCCUGGCCACUACCCCGAGCAUCAAGACUACAAUGCACAAACUCCCCAUGGGUACGACGCGCAGAACACAUACGGGUACAAUCACAAUGGCCCUAGAUCACCUCCUCCCAUUUCUCCAUACGAUGAGCAGCCUUACAAUCAUGGCUUCCCUCAUGAAGAACGGUAUCAUACGAUGUCACCGGCUCCAACCUACACCACGCAGCCAGCUUAUGCACCAGCGGAGCAUUCGCAGCCUUAUUAUAUACCAUCGGAAACCCCACUCCCUCCAUAUAUGCCAAUGGACCGAACACGAUCUCCGGCUCCCGCUCUCUCAUCGGCCAUGAAUGCCCCUCGGCCCGUACCGUACCGCCAACCUUCCCCAGCGAUCAGCCAAUACAUACCUUAUCAAGGAGUCUCGCCGGUCACUCCUCCCUCACCACCGUCUUUCGCUGCCGCGCCGGCACCCCACGAAGCUAGUGACCCGGGCAGGCCCCCGAGUCUCCUGCAGAGCGGACGGAGGCCGGUGCCCAACUCUUACCGGGACGUUUGAAACCUUGUUAUGACCACGGAUUGAUACCCGCCUGUGUUUUGAAAUUUAAUUCAAGAAUUCCCGAUGACCUUGAAUGUCGAAGCCAUUAUGACGCAAAUCAACAUGACCUGAACAGAUUCAGGUAGAAUGCCUAACGCAAGGAUA